CACUCAAAUUGAGCCAAUCAGGCGUGCAAGCGGUAUAAAAAGCCCUGCACCCCCUUUCAAUUGAACGAUCACCAUGGAUCCCAUACAACCCAAGCACUCGCCUGCCCAUACACAUGAACCCACUGACAAUUCAACACUUUCUGAAGUAGAAAGCCUAUCUGACUCUGAGUGGCUCGACGUCGCCAGUGGCCGUGAGUCUGACAGUGACUCGAUCUAUUCGUCCAGGGGGACAGAUCAAGAACGCACUUCUUCACGUUCGAGGUCAAGACGCUCAUCAUUUAGUUACGGAAGCUCCAGAGACGGAGAUGUCGAUGCCUGGGAAGGCUUAAUUGAAGACAGCGCUGACGAGGGGCUAGUACCCGAUGCCGUCCGCCUGUCCAGCUCUCCAGUCGCCUUUAGCCGAGGCCACUUUACUUCCCCGACUGACGAAGAUGUCGGUGACGCCACAGAGGAGCAGCGUGUUAAAGAGGGUUUAGAUCAGAGUAUGAUCAGUACUCUGAGCUCAUCUCGCUCAAGCUCAGUUCACGCAUCCACUGUGAUUACUUCGCCGCGCGAUUUGCGCCUAUCCUUCCCAGAUCCCAUUACCAGCUCCCGUGAAGAGCUCUCCAGCUCUUCCUUCGAGGACAUAUUAUCACCUUCCCCUGGCGCCACAUUCUCUGGCCCAGACCCCGAUGUCACCGUGCAUAUCACGGACCUCGGGGGACCGAACAUGCCCGGGAGCUCCUCAGCACCCAUAUCCAUCGACGAUGCAAUGUCCACCCUACUCGAUUCUGACAUGAAUGUUUCCCUAUAUGGGCUUCCUUAUCCCCAUAAAUGGUCGUUCGUGUCCACACUUCUAGAGAAGGUUGUUCGUGGUGCUCGUCUCACCAUUGCCACACCUCUCGAGGAGAUGGACGGUCCUGUCCGACAACUUCACAUCGAGGGUAGAACGGAUAGGAGCCUGUUUUACCCUCGCAUCAUCACAAUAAUCGAUCGGACUCAAGGUGACAGGGAAGAUCCAUUAGCCGAUUUUUCCACAGGUCACCCAAGUUUGGCUAUCGUUUUCCUUCCAUUUUCACCUCUGCAGCUCCCAGAGCAUGCAGCGUAUCUUCCUGUCCUUGUUCCUGCCCCUUGCGCCAUCGACAGUCUCCAGUCUGAGGAUGCGAUUCGCAAUUCUGCGCAGGAGGCGUGGGACCUCUUUAAUGUCCCCAGCGAUAGGGUUCUUCGGCUGAGCGAUCCUGCUCCGUGCGUUGUGAAUGCUGAUGUGAUUGAAAGUCUUCCUCCAUAUCGAGCAUAUCGUGCCUUUGAUCGUAUCUUCUCCCGUGGCAGGAAGAAAUCGGUCAAGUUCAUGACCAAUUCGCCGCAUACUCUCACAAUAUUUACUAUGGUGUCGCUUGUGCUUGGCGUUGUGGUAGGAUCCACAUUCCGAGGUACCGCACCUGUAGUUACCCCGACCCCUGUCACCACUGCCGUGGCAUCGGCCGCUUCAACGCCAUUCCUCUGGGCAUUCCUCCACCCCGUCAUUAAUCAUUCGCACGAAUCAAUUCCAGCAAAGACCGAGUCGACAGCAAUUUCGCUCCACUCUUCUCUGAAAGAUUUCGCCCUGUCAGUAUUCAACCCAGACCCCACAUCAGUUUCUAUCUCCAAGGAGACCUCCACAUCUGUGUUUCGCAGCGCGUCUUCCUUUUCAGAGAAGUUGAAGUUUUCCAAGGAUGUCAUCCUUCGUCCGACUUCUUCCCUUAUGUCUCUUGAAGGAAGCACCAAGUCACUAUCUGUCGUUCCUAGUAUGACAGCCUCACAGCCUCAUGUGGAAGAGGCAGUGCCGACUCCGUCUUCGUCCGCACUCGCAUCCUCUACUCUCGGCCUGAGUUUCCUGCAGGACUAUCUCCCCAAAUUCGUGGACAUACAUGGACCUGCUGUCCUCGCUGCCGUCAACGCUGACAUGCAAGAUAUCAUCGACGCUCUCGAUUCUCUUGUCCAAGCCAUCUCCCGACAAGCUCAUGUUGUGAUUGCCCAAACCAAUGCGCUUAUUCAGUACUCGACAACAAAGUUGGAGCAAAGAGCUCCAGAACUUGAAGCCGUGAUGGAUGCUUUGAACGCCCGCAAUGAACAUGCGCAGCGUCGUGCGAAGGAGCUCAAGGACAACGGGGCGAAAUGGCUUCAUGAAACUGGGGAGGCUCUGAUGAACCGUGCUUCACGUGCCAGGGGGAAAGCCAAGGAGAUCACAGAGGACAUUGAACAAAUUUGGGCUGAGUCGAAGGAGAAAUGGGAUGUGUGUAAGAUGCGUGGGGCGCAGAAGUGCUCGGGGAGGAGGGGUUGUAAGAAAGCGAAGAACUGUAGGGGGGCCCGUUCGAAGAAGUGCACUGGGGGAUGGUUAAGACAUGCUCAGUACUAUUGAAAGGCGUUUUAUGUUGCUGAUUUCAUUUACUCUAUGGUAUAUGUUGUAUGACGUGUACAUUAUGUAUGAAGACUGAUUGUAUAAUUGAAUAACGACUGGUCGUAUCGGUUC